CAAACGUUCCAAUCUCCUUUGAAGGUCAAAUUCCGUCGUCACGAGAUUCUUGCAGUUUCUUCUUCCACAGAAGAUAUUUUCUUUGAAUUUCUUUUUCUCUAAUUUUGGGUCCAAGUUUUAAAUCCGCAAAAAUGGCUUUGAGUGAUGCCGACGUUCAAAAACAAAUUAAACAUAUGAUGGCCUUUAUAGAACAAGAGGCUAAUGAAAAGGCUGAAGAAAUUGAUGUAAAGGCAGAAGAAGAAUUUAAUAUUGAAAAAGGCCGUUUGGUUCAACAACAAAGAGUAAAGAUUCUGGAAUAUUAUGAACGUAAAGAAAAACAAGUUGAGCUUCAAAAGAAAAUCCAAAGCUCAAAUCUUUUAAACCAAGCACGUUUGAAAGUCCUCAGAGAUCGAGAAGAGCAUAUAAAAGACGUUUUAGAAGAAGCUCGUCGUCGUCUUGGGCAGGUGACAAAUGAUAAACACCGUUACAGAGGUAUUCUUGAAGGACUCAUUACACAGGCUCUAUUCCAACUUCUUGAGACUAAUGUAAUUAUCAAAUGCCGUGAACAAGAUGUAAAUUCAGUCAAGGAAGUUUUACCUCAGUGUCAAGAGAACUUCAAGGCUGCUACUUACAAAGAUGUAAAAGUAACUAUCAGUACAGAUAGUUUUCUAUCCAGUUCAGUAUCUGGUGGAGUGGAAGUCUUUGCCCAACAAGGAAAAAUCAAAGUUGUCAAUACUUUGGACAAAAGACUUGAUCUCAUUAGCCAACAGAUGUUGCCACAAUUGAGAGAAAUACUUUUUGGGAAGAAUGUUAAUCGCAGAUUCUUGAAUUAGUUAUCCUUUUAAAGUUAAUCGGUUUUUUUUUAAUUCUUCAAAGCGUUCCAUUGUUUGGGUCAUUAGUCAGAUGAGACUUUUUUUUUUUUUUUUUACGUGUAAUAUAAAGUCUGAUUAAUUCUAGAUCUUACAUCUCAAAAUUAUUAAUCAUUGUUUUUGAAAUUGAUUGGAUCACAUACAAUCCUACUUUUAAUUCUAGUUGUGAUUUCAAUUAUAGAUUUUUGUUCAUUCCAAAUUUUAUUUUUGAU